AUCCCAAGCGCGACAGGGGAAGCGCUCAGUCUGCUCUUCUACACUCUCGAUAAAUGCAGUAUAUUUACUACUACAUAUCGCUAAUGAGGACUUGUCUUUGGAGAGUAUUUUAGAGUUUUCCUUGUUUUCAGUGAUGGCGGCAAGAAGAGGAGAGGACAUUGUCUCUGAGUUCCUCAGUCAGAAUCCACAUUUGGUGAGCUGGGUGGAAUCUUUAAGAGGACACUGUGAGACAAAUAAACAGUGGUAUGCCAGGAGAGAGUUUGUGCUGCGGAAUAUGGAGGCUUUUCCUACCAUCCAACCUGGGAGUCCAAGUUCUAGUCUGGACAGACUGCUGUCUCUAUCCAUGGUUUGGGCCAACCAUGUAUUUUUAGGCUGUCGAUAUCCGCAGCGUGUGAUGGACAAGAUAAAUGAGAUGGCUGAAGGAAUCACCGUGAUCGAGGCUCCUGAGCGAAAGACUAGAGAUGAAAUAAUGGGAAAACUAAAAAGACCUGCAGUUUCAGCAGCUGAUGCUGAUUACCAGGGCAAGAAAACUAAACCCAAUGAACCAGAUGAUAGAGCUCACUCAAAGUGUGUUGUACAUCCAGCAACCAGUUCUCAUAAAUGCGGCCCUUCACCAGGAGCUCCUGCAGAGCACCAGCCCUUUUUUAAUCGGCUCUACAAGGCCGUCGCCUGGAAGCUUGUGUCUGCUGGUGGCUUUGGCCCCAACCUGGAACACUUCGAGAUCCUGCGCAGCUGCGUGGAGUCCUGCAAAGCCAGUCUCACCUGUGUGUUUGUUCCUCUUAAAGACAUUCCUGACUUGCCAGCAGGACGAACACAGAGAGAAGGCCAGGUGUGUGAACUGCGCUGCUGCACUGUCUACAUGGGGACGGGUUAUGGGCGCGACGAGUCUGCUGCCAGGGCAAUGGCCUCCAAGGAAGCGCUCAAAGUAUUUCAAGGGCAAAAAGUGACGGUGAAAAUUAGCCGCAGAAGGUUCAGAGGGCGAGACGUGGAUGAUUUGGUGCUGCUGGAUGAACAAUCCAGAAGCCAAGCUUUCCCUCCAGCUCUCAGCUGCCCGUUUCAGGAAGACGAGUAGAGCUUGGUUUCGCCCCAGUCUUGUGGAGCACAGUCAUCGCUGCACUUCCAAAGAGCUUUAAUUGUUUCAGUUGUGAUCAGUCAGAAUGGCGCUGUGGAGAAGAACCGAUUAAAAGGUUAAAUGGCAGUCAGUUUUGUAGCUUGUAAAAGGCUCUGUUUGCUCUGUUGUUUGGAAUCUUGUUAAUGGCUUGUGGUUGUGAAGUUAUGAUGGUUUAGAUCAAAGCUUAUUAAACAUAACUGUAGUUUUGUCUGACCUUAAAAGAUGUUGGUGGUUGAAAAAGCUGAUAUUUUAAUCAGUUAAAGAAAGUUUGGAUUCAUUUCUAAAACACUGAAACUGUACAAUGCUAAUACAGAAUUGCUACAGAAGUUAACAGUGGUUGGAUUUGUUCAUGUCCAUUAUUCAAGACGAUAAUAUUCACAAGAAUUGAUUCAUGAACGGUAACAAUUUUAAUGGUUAGGAAUAAUAAUGCAUUUCAUUACAAUACAGUAACAGUAGAACAGUUUAAAUGAGACCUAAUUUUCAGCUUGAGAUUUGAUUAAACAUAUUGGAUAGUUUUAUUUAUUAAUACAUGUCAUAAUUACUUUCUUGUUCAUACAUUGUGACAGGGUUUGGUUAAGUCUUUGCUGUUCUUGUAGACCUUUGGGCAGAUUUUUGUCAGUCUAAUAAAAACUGCCAUCUGUUUCAAAGCAAUGUUAAAUGUUGACGCAGAACUUUCAAUUAAGUCUAAAUGUUUGGUUUACUACAUCUCAGACUAAUAUUCAAAAAGGGAUUAGUUUUAACAUGGCGUCCAAUCAUAUUCUUCUUUCAGAACACAUGAUGUUUUGUUUAUCCAUCAGUUUUGGUUUUGUUUUGUAGUGAGGUUUUAAAGUUAAAAAUCUUUAAAAAUCUGCUCGGUGCUCACCAUAUCUUCAUCACAAUAAAUUUCAUUAAUGGAUGUAGUUCACCCAAACAUGAAAACUUCCUUUCCUCACCAGCCAAUUCGAAUGUUGUCACUUUAUUGAAUGGGGGUUAUCAGUGGUCAUCAGCUGAUAGAUACGGGCCAGUAGGGGCCUUCUGCACCUACUGGUAGGCUCAGAAGGUUGUUAUCAUUCAUCCACAUGGUACAUUGGCUAUAGAUUACAUACGGCUGUGGCUGGAAGUUAAAGAGAAUUAUUGAUAUUAUAUAAUAAAUAUCCGAAAUUAUUAAUUAUUUAAUUAACAUCUACCCCUACCUUAACCCACAGUAAUGUAAAAACAGAUCUGGAUCUGGAGUCUUCUCUAUUAGUAUAGCUGAUUAACCAUGUGAAUGGAUAAUAACAGUCUUUUGAGCCCACCAGUAGGCACAGAAGGCCCCUACUGGCCCAUGUCUAUCAGCUGAUAUACUCUGAUAAUGCCAUGGAGUAAUAACAUUCGAAGUGGCCACACUCAAGUGGUUCUAAACUAGAGAAUUACUUCUUCUGUUGAACACAAACCACGAUAUUCUGAAGAUUGGUGAAAAUGCAGCCACUGACAUUUACAGUAGUAGUAACAAAAACAUGAUAGAAGUAAACCAUUUAUAUAGCAGUUUCUACAUAAACUGUCAUUUAUAUAAAUGUUUUUUCAGGUCUCAUAAUGUAAAUAGUUACCCUUUUAUCAAGCUACACUAAGAAUGUUUUGAGUUCAGUAACAUUAGUUUUAAAAGAUGUGUGUGAUUUUUCAACAUGCUAGGCUUUAAGAAGGUUAAUAAAGGCUGUAAAAUAAAAUG